UCACCAUCAGUCCGAGGGAGACAGAGACCAACAAGCUGUCAGUCAAAUAAGAGCUCACUUCUUUCUCCAGAAAUUUCUUCAAAUUUUAAACAUUUCUACUGAGUUUGCAUUCAGAAAUAGAGAGCAGAACGUCAUAAAGAGAAGAAAAAGCUGGUGGACUGGACGUUAGUUGCAGCCUGAAAAACGCAGCAUAAUUUAUUUUUACUCUUCCUCACGUCAAAAUUUGAAAGGGGUAUUUUCUGCAGAGAAAGGGGUCGAUGGAUGUUAACGGGGGACCUUCGGCACAGAACGAGACGAUGCCGUUGGACAUCAACGAGACGCACCGGCUCGGACGACAGAAAACGACCGUCCCCACAAGGAAGAAAGGGGACCGUUUUCAAGAGAACGGACGACUUCUUCCUCACUCCGUCCAACCAAGGCCAACACCACGUGACGUAGAAUCCCCUUCAGCCAACAGUAGGUCAUCUAAAACCAAGAAAUUUUCGCAAUUUGCCACUGAGAAAAUGCGUCCAUGCAAAAUAUGCCUUCGUCCCUUCACCAACACAAGCAGUGCUCACGUCCACACCCACCUCAACUGCGCCGAACUGGACCAGCCCUCAUUUUUCCACGCCAAGUGCCCCCACUGCGAAAAAGUAUUCUUUAAUCUUCGCGACUUUAUCUGUCAUGUUAAUGCCCACGAAGGUCGGAAGGACCCCGAAUGCCGACAGAAGUUCACCCGCAAAACCAAUUUGACCGCGCAUCUCUUCGUCGACCUGAACCGCGAGGAGCGCGCAGAGGGCUGGCGACACGGCUGUUGCUUUUGCCAAAAACGAUUUAAAAGCCCAUACCAUCUCAGUCGCCAUGUUUUGACCCACACGAAGGAAAAGUUGGCCAGAAGGUGUGACAUCUGUCGAAAAAUGCUCUCCUCCGAACGAACCCGGACGAAACAUCGGUUCCUCCACCUCUCCGAAGACGAGAAGGACGCCCUCGUGGCGCAGGGGACGAGUCGAGAGUGCUUAUUUUGCGGCAAGAAAUUCCCCGACAACGGGAGCUACCAUUUUCACCUGGGGACCCACACGGAGGAGAAACCUUUCCCCUGCGACGAGUGUGGGGCCGUGUUCCGUCGUAAUUGUAACUUAAAAUCGCACAUGCGCAUUCACUCCGCGGAUCUGCGACCGUUCAAGUGCGACGAGUGUGGACAAGGUUUCAGUCAAAAGGCAAACGUGACCAGCCACAAGAAGACAGUUCACCGGAAGUUGAAGGAUAUUCCGUGUCCCGAGUGCGGCAAGAUGUUCGGGACGAAGAGUCACGUGGUGGAGCACGUGGACAAUGUUCAUCUGAAGAGAAGGCACCCUUGUCCCCACUGUGGUGACAUGUUCCCGAGCAAAUCAAAAGCUUGCCAACAUGUAAGGCGGGUUCACCCGGCGGAAUAAUGCCGCCGUCCUCGUGCCCCCGCCAAACAAUGACUGACCGUCAUAUUUUGGAGACGUUAGAUAUUUUUAUAUGUUUUUGAUUUCACUAUUUAUGACGAGAUAAUUAUUCUGAUAAAAAUAGGAUAAGUAAAUUGUUAAGUUGUAAAUGUGACGCGAUUUGUGUUACUUUUAUGACCAUGAUGAUUUUUAUGGAGUAAAUAAUUCUGUUUUGUAUAAAA